GAGAAUAUCUAUUUGAUGAAAAGACUUACGAUCAUUUUAGUAAUAUUUGGAAAUAUUGGAAUUAUGCAAAAGAUUCAACAGUUGAAUUAGGAUUGGUUGCUUGUCGAUUAUAUAGAAUUUGUAUCAAUACGGCUGCAGUUGAAUACCUUUGA